AUGAAGGCUGCAAAAAGGGCCACUAGAGGGCAGGAGCUGAUCUAUAAAGAAAAUCAGGAGACGUUGUUGUAUUAUACUGUGGCGUCCUUAACUUCAGCAUUCUUGUUUUUCUUUGCUUAUUACCUCCUUUUUGAGUCUUCGUGGAAGGUUUGGGUAAGAAAGGCUGUUUGGAUAUUAUAUUAUUUUUUGUAGGCUGGUUUUGCUUCUUCCAUUUUUGGUCAGUUGGCGGCAGUAUUGUUCAUGAAAAGCGGGGUCAAAUGUGUGAAGGGACCUCGUGGCCAGAUAAUAGACGCUGGGGUUGAUCUGAAUGAUCCGAAUGCAUUAGGCGAGUAAGUCGAAUACUAGAAUAACAAAAGUUUUCAUAGGUACUGCAAAGAUGUUAUCAUUCUAUGCGUGAUCUCACAACUGUUAGGUUUGCUCACGUCGUAUUUCCUUCUUAUCUUGGCCGCGUUCCCCAUUUACGGAGCUUACAAAUUGUGGGUAUUAGUAAUUGCCCCAUGGAUUUUCGCUGAACCGCCCGAGGAGGAUCCCAUGGAUGAAAAAAGAAACCGACGUCGUCAAAACAAACAAGUCAUUUACCGUCGUUAA